CCGUAACUGCACUUCUCAUCCUCCGCCGCCGCCAUGGUCGGGGAAAAGACUCGCCAAUUAGAGUUGAAGAAGAUGAAGAAGAUGAGGAGGGGUUCACCAUCGUUCACGCCUCCGCCCGCCUGGAUCCACAGUGGCCGGUCGCCGUCCAUGGCGACCGAAGAUACAAUGCGGACGUCAGAUCGAAAUAGGGAUGGAGGUUGCCGGCUGCCGACAACCUCCAUCCCAAGUCGGUGCACUGUUGGAGAAGAUGAAGAAUCAGAGGAUGAAACUUAUGAAGAUGACGAGGACGAAAGCGGCGAUGAAGUGGAGUAUUUUCCCUCCCCGGAUGCCAAUCAGGAGGGUCGGACCAAGAGGAACCAGGAUCCGACUGGAGUCUCACCAACUACUCGGGCGACCAAGCGUGACCGAGUGGAAGCAGAGCAACAAGCAUCUCCUCCUCCAACCAAACGAAAAGGAUCAUUUAAAGUCAUAAGUCGAAAACCUCGAAAGGCUGCCGCUCUACCAAGGACAUGGAAACCAAUGCCUGAUGUUGCAAAGGUUGUCCCUUCUGCAAGCUUCACCAGCCAAGCAACUGAAAAUACUAAAAAUAGAUCCAAGGGGACGCUUGAUGCUGGUGUUGUGUCUUCAAAAGGUAUAACACUUUUUCAAUAUCAUCCGAGCAAACAAGCGAACCACCUUAUGCUAAUGAGUGUAAGUUUUUAG